AGCUAAAAUAAAAUCAAAGGCGAAGUCUGGAAUUGGGGGUCCAGCCAGUGAAGAAUGGGCAAGCCGACAAUGGAGAGGACAAUUCUUGAAUCCUGAUGAUAAGAGUUUCAACGAGCUGCUUCAGAAUAUUUCCAUGGAUCAAAGCAACUAGCAUGAUCCGCAGAAACAGUUAGGUCAACCUGCAGCUUUAAUGGACGAGUCGGGGAUAAAUCAAAGUCAAGGCAAUCAGACUGCUGCAGCAACGCAGUUGUUGGCAACUGCCACUGGGGAUCCUGAUUCACAAAGAGACAUUGGAGAAGAUAGUGAUGAAGCACGGCGUGACAAAAAGAGAAAGAACGAUAAAAGAUACAGAGACAAACAAAGGGAUAAAAGGCAGGCACUGGAGGGUGAAAAUGAUCGAUUAAAGCAAGAAAUUCAGGAAAAAGAUAAACAGGAGCAGCUGAUGAAGUCCAAGCUUGAGGUAGUUGAGGCUGAAAAUGCGAGAUUGAAGUGUGAAUUAGAAGAAAAGAAACAGCUAACCAAGUCGUUGCUGGAUGUGAUUGGGGUUGUAAAUCAACAACAAAUAUCUACUACUGAUAUGCAGCCACUUCUGACCCAAAUUAAACUGGUAGUGGAUGGAUUUGUCUCUUUGAAUCGAACGGUGGCUGAGCUUCAACAAACUGUUACUCAACAUGCACAGCCAUGGCGGCCACAGCGCAAUAUAUUGAUAAAUCAAUGCUCUCAGCCUGCUGCGACAACACUGCCUCUGACUCAGCCCGCUGGCACAAGUAGAAUGCAGCAAACAUCUCAGUCCUCGCCGGCAACGUUCACUGAAAAUUUUCAUGGAUUGCCAGAUUUCUUGCUGCAGGAACAAUUAGGCCAAACUGCACAAACAAUCAAUGUGUCACCAGAGUUCGGUUUACCUCAGGGGCAAGGCGGAAACACUGCAGUCGAAUCGCAGCCAUUCACACAGGGACCAUCUGAUCAAGAUGCUGACUUAGAUGAAUUUUUCUCAUCCUUCUAUGAACCAGAAGAUCAAACUUUCCACGUCGAGUUUUGUUCAUAUAAUGCUAGUAUAGUUGAAGGAAAGGGAAGAAAAGGUGCACUUGUACGCGGUCAGAAAAGUAGCACAAAGCAGACUAUCCUUUCGGCUUUUAUUAAAGCAUUCCGUAUGCUUGCUGCAUCACUCGUGGCUGAAAAUGAUCCAUUAAAGCCUGAAAUUCAAAAAAAACAAGAGCCAUGUCACGAGGACCAGCAGAUGAAGUCCAACAUAGAGGCAUUUGAAGCUGAAAAUAAGAGUUUGAAGCGUGAAAUUAAAGAAAAAGAACGACGAAUGAAGCUUAAUCUAAAGGCGUUUUUGGUUGAUUAUAGGAUAGUUAAGAAUCAAAUUGAAGCAAAGGGAAUCAAAAUAUGGGAGUUUGUGUAUAAAAAUGCGCGAGUGGAGCAUGAAAUUAAAGAAAAGGAAAGGCUUAUGAAGUCCAAUAUGGAGGCAUUUGAGGCAAAAAAUGGCCAAUUGAAGCUUGAAAUUGGAGAAAAGGAACAGAAGUCCAAUCUGAAGGCAUUUAAGGCGCAAAAUAAGAGAUUGAAGCGUAAAAUAGAAGAAAAUAAGCAGCGAAUGAAGUCCAAUCUGAAGGCACUUGAGGCUAAAAAAGGGAAACUGGAACAUGAAAUUCAGGCAAAAGAGCAACUAAUGAAGUCCAAUUUGGAGAGACUUGACGCCCAGAUUAGACAGCUAGUUGAUGAAUUUGAAUCUCUAAAUGUAGCCAAUGUUAUGGAAACAAAUCCUGUCAACACAGCUCGUGAAUCUGCCUCGCCAUGUCCUCCAGAAGAUGACAUACCCGACUCACCAUAUGAUUUGUGGACACCUUUUGUUGCAGCCAACCCAUCCAUUGUUGUCGGUGCUUCGCCAUCUUCUGAAUUUGGCCCUCAAGCAGCAGUCCCUAGUGCGGCCUCCACAGUUGUUAAUCAGGUAAGCUUUCUCAACCCUCCAUCCUUUUCUACCUCAGUCCCUGAUCUUGUCCCUUCCCUUGUUUCCCCGAUAGGUGACUCAUCCCCGACACCAUUAGCUCCUCUUUCACCCUCAUCUCAUUCCACCUCUAGCCCUUCUCUCGAUCUCAAACCUGCAUCCACCAGAACCUUGCCUUCCUCUCCUGUCACACAACCAACACCUAGCCAUUCCCAGGCCAGUGUCGUUUCUCCCCACUCCGACUCACCUCACACCUCGCCUCCAGCACCAAACCCGCCUCCUAUCCCUUCUCGAACUCAUGGCAUGACUACUAGAUCUCAACACAAUAUUUUCAAACCCAAAACCUUAUUCACUGCAUCUAAACAUCCCAUUGAUCCACCCUUAGAGCCCACUUGUGUUAAACGGAAUAAGGAAGGCAGGGUUGAAUGGUUUAAAGCUCGUCUUGUGGCUAAAGGAUUUCAUCAAAGGCCUGGUUUUGAUUACUUUAACACUUUUAGCCCUGUUAUCAAACCUGUUACUAUUCGAGUUGUUCUCUCUUUGGCAAUCACUCAGAAUUGGUCUAUUUGGCAAUUAGAUGUUAACAAUGCUUUUCUCCAUGGAAAGCUUGAGGAAGACUUGUUUAUGGCUCAACCACCCGGGUUCAUUGAUGCUAGUCUACCUCUGCAUAAUUCUCGCUCAGAUACAUCUCUUUUUAUCUAUCGUAAUGGGUCUGAUUGCUUAUACUUUCUGGUUUAUGUUGAUGAUAUCAUUGUGACCGGCAGCAAUCCACAGUUGAUUGAUUCUUUGAUUCAAUUGAUAAGCAACACAUUGUCUAUCAAAGACCUUGGUUCCCUUACUUAUUUUUUGGGAGUUAAUGCUAUCUUCACUCCUGCAGGCCUUUUUCUCUCCCAGGCUCAAUAUAUUCGUGACCUACUGGAUAAGUUUGGCAUGGCUGAGGCUAAACCAGUUUCCUCCCCAAUGGCUACAACUCCUCUUCAAUUGCACCAAGGGCUCAAACUCUCGGAUCCUUCUCCAUACCGGCGUCUUGUUGGCUCCUUGCAAUAUCUUAAUCUCACAAGACCGGACAUUACUUUUGCAGUUAAUCGUCUUUCUCAGUUUCUCCAUGCCCCUUCUGAUGUCCAUAUGCAAGCUGCCAAGCGUGUUCUUCGCUAUCUCAAGGGCUCUGUUUUUCAUGGUCUUCUUCUGCGCCGGCAGCCUCUGUCUCCUCUCCAUGCCUUUUCCGACUCUGACUGGGCCGGUGACAAGGAUACCCUUCGGUCAACCACUGGCUAUCUUGUGUUCUUGGGUCGCAAUCCGAUCUCUUGGAAGGCUUGUAAACAGAAAACGGUUGCCCGCAGCUCAACAGAGGCCGAGUACCGUGCUCUAGCUGCUGUAUCCUCUGAAGUUAUGUGGGUUUGCCAUCUUCUUCGUGAAUUGGGGCAUCUUGUUUCUUCUCCUCCGGCAGUGUACUGUGACAAUGUUGGUGCUACUCAUCUUAGUAGCAAUCCAGUCAUGCACACUCGUAUGAAACAUAUUGCCAUUGAUCUUCAUUUUGUCCGUGAGUUGGUGGAUCGGAAGCUUCUACGGGUCAGUCACAUCUCUACUGUUGAUCAGCUAGCUGAUGGUUUUACUAAGCCUUUAUCCUCGUGGCAGUUCUCUCAGCUGAAAUCCAAGAUUGGCGUUACCGAUGGUAGCUCCAUCUUGCGGGGGCGUGUUAUGGAAACAACUCCUGUCAACACAGCUCGUGAAUCUGGCUUGUGAAUCUGCACUAAUUAUAGCAAAUAUAAUCAGCAUUAUAUGCAGGAUAUCAAUCACACUUAUUUGUAUAUAUUUUCUAUUAUUGUAUAUCUUUAAUUUCCAUAAAUAACUGCAGACCUUGUGUAUAUAGGAUACUCAAUUCUGUGAAUAAGACAUAUCAGUUUCAUUCUCAAGUUUCUGCCUUAAUAUAUGGCAGUGUUUAUA